AUGCUUGAAACCAGCUAUCAAGCGCUAGCCAGCGCAGCAAGCGGACCAACCGGCAGAGGCUGCGACUUUGUGGCCUCCGUUGAAUUGGACGACUUGCGACAGGAGAGAAUAAAUGCAAAGCAUCUCAUCCUCGAUGGCAUAGCGGCACCUCCGUCCAAGGCUUUGAGCUUGACUGACGACAACCUCAGCGGAUGGCCAAGGACUUACGAUGAUGCGCUUUCCAAUGAGGGGAUCCGCAGCAAGUGGGCAAUGCUGGCUGAUAGCGUUCUGGACGCGGAAGGGAAGGUCAAGAAGCCCGUGGAUUGA